GGAAAGAGAGAGAGGGAGAGAUUGAGGAGAGAAGGCGGCGUGAGGUCCCAACUAGUUGGAUAGGCAGUUUCAGUACUUUGCAAGCAUCGGGCAGCCCAGUGUCACCGAGCUCAGCUGAAUCUGUUUGUAUUGAGAGAGAGAGCCAGGGAGGGAGAGCGAGGGAGGGAGAGAGAGGGGGAGAGAGAGAGAGGGAGAGUGUCUUACCUUGGAUUCCAGAACUUUAACCCUAAAGCAGCGUUCAGAAACGGCUUCCACCAUUCCCACGGCUCCCUCUUACUCUCAACAUUCCCUCCCUGGGCUUGCAAAGGAAGAGGGGAGCACUAAGAUUCCAGCGCUGCGGGUGCCCCCCGAGGCUGCUGUUUUGCGUUCUUCGGAGCCCUUCUGGCGCCUGACAACUUGGAAGUAUUUGGGGAGAGCGAGCGCGGAGGAGGUGUGUGUUGGAGGUGGGCAGUCGCCGCGGAGGCUCCAGCGGUGGGUGUUCCUUUGUAGGCAGCAGUAGCCGCUAGGCUGGGCAAGCAGUCCCCGGCAUAACCCGGGAGCCACCAUGCCCGCGCCCCCGCCUCGCCGCUGGCUUCCCUGCUAGGAGCAAGAGGGGAUGCGGUGAAUGCAGCGGCGUCACCGAGCGAGAGCAGAACCCGGCGGCGGGCAUAGGGCCCCGGGCGCACCAUGGCCGACACAGACGAGGGCUUUGUCCUGGCGCACACACCUCUGGAGCCAGAUCCCAAGGACUUGCCCUGCGACUCGAAACCUGAGAGCGUGCUAGGGGUCCCCAGCAAGUCCCCGUCGUCCCCGCAGGCCGCCUUCACCCAGCAGGGCAUGGAAGGGAUCAAGGUGUUUCUCCACGAAAGAGAGCUGUGGCUGAAAUUCCAUGAAGUGGGCACGGAAAUGAUCAUAACCAAGGCUGGAAGGCGAAUGUUUCCCAGUUACAAAGUGAAGGUGACUGGCCUUAAUCCCAAGACGAAGUACAUUCUUCUCAUGGAUAUUGUUCCUGCAGAUGACCACAGAUACAAGUUUGCAGAUAACAAAUGGUCUGUGACCGGAAAAGCGGAGCCCGCCAUGCCCGGCCGCCUCUACGUGCACCCGGACUCGCCGGCCACUGGGGCGCAUUGGAUGCGGCAGCUAGUCUCCUUCCAGAAACUUAAGCUCACCAACAAUCACUUGGAUCCUUUUGGGCAUAUUAUUCUCAAUUCCAUGCACAAAUACCAGCCCAGAUUACACAUCGUGAAGGCUGAUGAAAAUAAUGGAUUUGGCUCCAAAAAUACUGCAUUCUGCACCCAUGUCUUUCCUGAGACGGCGUUUAUUGCAGUGACUUCCUACCAGAACCAUAAGAUCACCCAAUUAAAGAUUGAGAAUAAUCCCUUUGCCAAAGGAUUCCGGGGCAGUGAUGACAUGGAGCUGCACAGAAUGUCAAGAAUGCAGAGUAAGGAAUAUCCCGUGGUUCCCAGGAGCACAGUGAGACAAAAAGUGGCCUCCAACCACAGUCCUUUCAGCAGCGAGCCUCGGGUCCUCUCCACCUCCUCCAACUUGGGGUCCCAGUACCAGUGUGAGAAUGGCGUCUCCGGAACCUCUCAGGACCUUCUUCCCCCACCCAACCCAUACCCACUAUCCCAGGAUCACAGCCAAAUAUACCACUGCACCAAGAGGAAAGAUGAAGAAUGUUCUACCACAGAGCAUCCCUAUAAGAAGCCCUACAUGGAGACAUCGCCCAGCGAAGACGACCCCUUCUACCGGCCCAGCUACCCACAGCAGCAGGGCCUCAGUGCCUCCUACAGGACUGAGUCGGCUCAGCGGCAGGCCUGCAUGUACGCCAGCUCCGCGCCGCCCAGCGAGCCGGUGCCCAGCCUGGAGGACAUCAGCUGCAACACGUGGCCUGGCAUGCCCUCCUACAGCAGCUGCACCGUCACCACAGUGCAGCCCAUGGACAGGCUGUCCUACCAGCACUUCUCCGCUCACUUCACCUCGGGGCCCCUGGUCCCCCGGCUGGCUGGCAUGGCCAACCAUGGCUCCCCGCAGCUCGGAGAGGGCAUGUUCCAGCACCAGAACCCCGUGGCCCACCAGCCUGUGGUCAGGCAGUGUGGGCCCCAGACUGGCCUGCAGUCGCCCGGCAGCCUUCAGCCCCCCGAGUUCCUCUACUCUCAUGGCGUGCCGAGGACCCUCUCCCCACACCAGUACCACUCGGUGCAUGGAGUUGGCAUGGUGCCAGAGUGGAGCGAGAAUAGCUAAAGGGUGGCCUGCUUCAUGAGAGACAUUUGCCAGGGAGAGAGGGAGAGAGCAGAGAGAGAACCCCACGGACAAGAUUGUUCAUUUCACCCAAUGUUCACAUCUGCACUUGAAAACUGCGGGACGCUGAUCUAAUCAGUAGCUUGAAACCACAAUUCAAAAAAUGUGACUUUAUUGUUUUGUCUCAAAACUUAAAAAAAAAAUGAGCAAAAAAAAAAAAGAUGCCUCCUGUCCCCCACAGCCACCUUGUCAGCCAGUCACAUUCGCACUGCCCCUCGUUGUCAUGCCCAACUCCUCUCUUUGGUCUCCAGAAAGUCUUGCCUCCUUGAGUGCUUUCUCCCAUUGUGUAGUUGGAUUCUCUUCCUGUCUUGGUGUUAAUGUUGACAUUGUUAUAUAAUAAAUAAUAAUAUAUUUUUUCUUUUGAUUUUCUUAACGGGACCCAGUCCCUUAUUUGGGGGAAGUCUGAGGCAAGUGUGUUUCAAAAUGUGUACUUAUGGGGCUUGUCAGUAAACUACCCUUGAAACGUAAACGCACCAUCCUCCCUUUGACUAAGAGAAGUAAGUACCUACCUCUGUCAUGUCAUGUUUCUGGAAAGGUUCCCUAUGCCCCAGCUUUUCUUUGUUGUUAUUCGGCCAUCACCAGGACCGUGGUGCUCGGUUUUGCCCUCUGCCUACCAGUUGGGAAAACAUUGGCUCCAUCUGGGUCCAUAUCUUAGGAGCCCCACCGUCUUCCCAGCUCUGUCUUUCCAAGCCGUCUGUUGUUAAAACGUGGCCUAUAGCUUCCCGACAGGAAAGCUUGCUUUGAAAAACUUAAAAGCCCUGGUUUACAUGGGGGCAGAACUGUGAUAAGCAGAGAGCAAGCUCUGUGCUGACACGAGUUGUGAAAAGGCCAAAAUAAAUAUUCUUCCCGAUAAAAAACAAAGCUGGCCCCAAGUUCCAAACCUCCGUCACCAAGGACCCAACCUGGAUGCAAAGCAAAUUCCAAAAUUGCAAGAGGAGAGGCAAGACAGGCUCACAGGUGAUUUCUCUCCAAAGAAAUCCCGCCAACACCAAAUGCUGACACAAAACUGUGUUUAUUGGAAGCAGAAAACAGUAUUAAAAAACAGAGUGUGUAAGUAAAACAUUAUUGCAGGGUUCUUCAGAUGUAAUAUUUUACUGGUACUAUUUAUUUAUAAAUAGGAGUUCUAAUUAAGUAAUAACGCGAAAUGAAAUCCAGCAUGGCAGCUGGCCAAGAGCUUUUAAUUUUAUUGAUACUCAAAAUCAAGUUUGUGUUUUUUUUCCUUCUUUCAAAUGUGCUUUGCUUUUUCACUUUUUUUUUAAAUUUUAUUUUUAAACUGACCCUAAUAAAGAGAACAGGGUAAUUAUGUGAGGUUGAGGAUGUCCAAGUACAUGAGCGAGUGUAUGUUUGUACGUGAGCGUCUUUAUGCGAUUAAGUCCUCUUUUAUGUGCUAUAAGCGGGGGGAGGGUGAGAAUUAAGUACUCGUUCCGUAUAUUUGUGUGCCAAUUAAUGCCUAAUAAAUACCAUGUGCUUAAAAAA